AUGACAUACGUUGGAGCCAAUCUGCAGCAGAACAAGCAACAUUUUGAUCAGUGAGUUGCUGCCCCACCCUUGGGUCUGUAGUUAAACCAGAACAGAGGGAGAGAGAGAGAUCUGUGCUUUCCUAUGUGAUUUAUUGAGUUUGACUGAGUUUACAUAUAUGUCACUUUUCCACAACGAGCUUUGCCCAAAGCAGCUUACAGCAAACACUCAAAAACAUCCAAAUACAGAGCACUGAAAAUACAAAUAUACAAAAUACAGGCCAUGCCAGUAAAUUCAAAAAUGAUGAAAAUAAACAGUUUGGCAAACACCAGAAUAAAUUCAGCAAAACGAAACAAAACAUCUAGGCAUAAAUAUGUAGCAGAACAAGAGUUAAUCAACAACCAUGUUUCUGGCAUUGCUAAGGAGCCUGGCUUACAUACAGUUCUGGGGGGGUGGGGGUGGCAUACAGCUGGUUCCCAUAGGCCAGGGGUCAGCAACCUUUUUCAGCAAGGGGCCGGUCCACUGUCCCUCAGACCAUGUCGUGGGCCGGACUAUACUUCGGGGGGGGGGGGGGAUGAAUGAAUUUCUAUGCCCCGCAAAUAACCCAGAGGUGCAUUUUAAAUAAAAGGACACAUUUUACUCAUGUAAAAACGCGCUUAUUUCCGGACCGUCCGCGGGCCAGGCUGAGAAGGCAAUUGGCCCUCGGGCCUUAGGUUGCCUACCCCUGCCAUAGGCUCACUCCAGAGGAGGCUGAUGGCAGCAAAAGGCAAAUUUGGGGUGGCGGGCAGGGGGGCUAUGAUGGUCAGUUUCUUCUCCAGUCUCCUGGAAACACCAACUGCUGGUGCAGGCCUUAUUGACUAUGUGACAUACUCUGUGAAGAACUACCAGUCCCAGAGUGCUUUAUGGCUGAUGCACAGGCAAGCGGAAGGGACAGCUUGUGGGUGAGACAAAGCACCAUAAUUGCCCCCUAGGGCAGUGGGAGCCAAGGCUGCUGGUCGGAUUCAGAGGCCCCAGAUAUUUGCAAGUAAAUGUCUAGCAGACACACAUACGUAGCAUACGGCCCUGUCUGGCUGUAACGCAAAUCAGACUGGGCAGCUGGAGAGAGCGAAGGAACAGAAAGAAGCUGCAGGACACAAAUAAAUCCGUCACCUUUUCAAAACAGGCGAGGCCUUUCAGGUAAUUCACUAAAUAGGAAAGUAGAUUUUAAAAAGCAUGAAGAAUGAAAAUGGGUUCAGUGUAAAGACUGAUGGUGGUAAGUUAAGGAAAAGGCUGCCAGAUAUAUCAUGCGACCCCACUCUGGUGAUAUUGUUCUUAGCACUACUGUAGCUAGAAGAUUUAAGCUGCUACACUAUCUGAUUGUUUUUCCACCAAAGAUCCAGGCCUGUGCCCUAAAAAACAUAACAGAUAAUUAUGACUUUGCAAUGAAAAAGGCCAGAAAAACAAGGCUUUGUGAAUUGGGCUUUUUAUGUGCAGCUGCCUUGCUCCAUUACAAUUUCCUUUUUAAAAAAUCAAACAGGGUAAGAUCUUUUUAAGGACCAACCAAAAUAGUUUCAAAAUAGCAAGCUUUUUCGAACUGUUUAAGACUGGAUGUUGUGUUAAACAAAACAUGCAAAGAAAGGGUCACAUUGUAAUUUCAGAAUUAAAAUAGAAAUGUGUGAGAUUGCAUAGGAUGGAAUUGUGGUGUGUGCUUGUACUGGGUUUCUCUCCCCCCCCAAAAAAAACAACAACGCUGCAGCCUUCUCUGUGUGCCUCUCUCAUCCACAGGCAGUUCUGCAGCAGGUACACCUGGCAGGACUGGCAAUGUACAGACUGUCCUAUGCAGACGGACAAAAUGACUAACUAGAGGGCUGCCAGUUUCAUGGCCUUGCCAAUUUGUUUUGCAAUAGGUGCAGAGAAACUCAGUAUGGAGAGUCUAGGGUUGCCAUAUUUCAAAAAGUAAAAACCAGGACACCCUAAAAUUGUUGAGUUCUUUUUAAGGAAAACCUAAAAGUUUUUAAGACAAACCCCUAAGGUGUGGAGCAACACGAUUCUUCGAUUGACUUGCCUAAGAUCCAGGACAAAGCGCCGCCUUUGGGAAAUUCCCCCUGGAUGUCAAUUCUGCCUUUGAAAUCCCGGUAAUGUCCAGAUGCAUGGCAGCCCUAAUGGAGACAGAGUCUUGGAGAACACCCCUUCAUCAGAAUCUGGUGCCUGUUAUGCUCAGGUGAGUGGGUGGCAGAGUCCCAGACGUGCCAAAUGUGGUAGCAUAGGCAGGACAUGGGAGGUGAUGGCAGCAGUGUGUUCUUGCUCUCCAGUCUAAUGGGUCUUUUUAACUUACAUCACUUAUGGGGUAGGAACCUGCCCAUCCCUUAAGCUCAAGAGUGGAUCCACCCCAGGAGAUCCAUCCAGUGACUCCUUUGAUGGGUUUUCAAAAUCUCUUAAGCUUUGUUGUUUUGGUAGGCAUUUUAAAAUCUUAUUUAUUCGUUCAUGUAUCCCCAUCUGCCACUUUAUGUACUGUAAACUGUUUUUAAAAUUGUUUUAAAAUGUUGCUGGUUGAUCAUGUCGUACAUGACGUUGUUAGGUGGAAGGAAGCAAGGGUUUGAGGGCAUGGGCUGCAGCAUGAAAAGGAGGCAAGCAAACCAGCUAACUUAACCCCUCUGGUGGUCCUCAUUUCAUCAUCAAGAAUAAGUCUUUGUUUCCUGGCUAACUCCACUAAACAGCCCUAUGACCUCUGCAACUUACUAGGGCCUCAGGCAGCUGAUUUUAAUUGAUAAGGAGGGGUGAAAAUCAAGGCGUCAGACCAAGUUUAAGCCAAUAAGAAAUGUGCUUUUUUAAAAAAAUAAUGGUUAUGACCAGCAAACAGUUAUUAUAGUUGUAUUUCUAGACAAUCCCUCCCAGCCCACCCAGAUUUUAAAACCAUUUUUGUAAUUACCCAUAAGAGCAACUAGGGUAUGAAAAUACCACGGUAAAACAAAACAAUCCUUUUCCCUGCUUAAGCCAGGACGUAGGAGUUAAGCAGUUUCUCUCCAGCCCUCCUAGCUCAUUGACAAUGGAUCUUUUCAGCUCAACUUCUGUUUUCCAUGAUAGGUUUCUGGAUCCUCUGUAAUACUCUCCUUAUGAUUUCAAGUUCCCUUUCCUCCUCAUUCUCCAGCAACUCUGUCCUGUGUGUCUGUCUGCCAGCUUCAUUUGUUUUCACAUGGUGCUUGACUACUGCCUUGGCCCACAAGGGCACACUGGGAACUUCGUGAAAAUGUCAAGGGCACAAGUCACAAAAUGGCUGCACUGGGGGCCUGAGAGUGAGGUGGCAGUGCCUGAUUAAAGGAAUCAGACCAAGAUUCAAAACCUACAUUUAGUCAUGGAUUUCAUUUGACACUGUAUCUUUCACUCUCUCGUACAUGUACAGAUCCCACAUGGGCCAUUAACAAAUAGAGCAGAUUUGAAAAUAAUGCAAAAUAGAAAAUGCUGGGUUAUAACUGUGGAUAAAUAGCCUUGAGACCACCGUGCCAGGCUCUUCCCCAAAUGUCCCCCACCGCCAACUGAGAUACAGCAGGUGGCUGUGAGAGAAAGGGGCAUUUCAGAUUGUGGAAUGCUAUCUCCAGAAGGUCUCGCCUGUUUUUUCAGUGUCAGGCAAAUAACUUUUUAUUUUCCCGGAUCUUUCAAAUAUGUGGACUUCUACAUUGCACAGUGGGCUCUGAUAAACCUUUCUUAUUUGCUCUCUGUCCUAAUUAACUAUUGUGUGCUUUGUUUUAAAGUGAUUUGUUUUGAUUGUAUAAUUGCCUUAUUUGUUCUUUCUUUUGACUUUACUAUAACGGUGAUUUUUAAUGUGAAUAUUAGUAUAGAGACAACUGAAACCAUUAAUCAUUCCCUCCGGUGGCUUCCUUCUUGUAGUUUCUUGCUCUUUAGUAGGUUUUUGGAGUACCAUCUCAGUUUCUGGUGCAUCAGUGAAGCUAUUAUCCCCAUUACCAGGUGUUUCCCUGUUGUCAGUACUAUGGUCUCUCUCCCUGUCAGGAUUUAGUUUAAAGUUUUCAUAUCCUCUUUUCCCUGUUGUAAUCAGGGAAGCUUGGAUUGUAGCUUGGAUUCAUUGGCACAAGGCAGUAUAUAAACAUAGCAAGAAAAUAAUUGGUCUCUUUAAAUAUUUAUUCCAAACCUCUCCUACUUUUCACAAUUCUGAUUUAUCUGUGAUUUGUUUGUGUAGAUAUUUCACUGAGAAGGAACCAUUUCAACCAUCAUAUUCCUUACUCCUCUAAAUAACUUAUAAACAAGUGGACCAGCACUGUCAUAUAAACCAUAGUUGAAAACAAGUGGUGGUUUCACGUGAAUGCACAUUGUACCGGUUCACAGUGGUGCCACACAGCUCACUCCUGCCACACCACCAGGACUCAAGUCUGGGUUUUGAUGUCUGAAUCUGGUCUUGUGGUUUGCUACAGUUUGUUUUCAGCUCUAUUUAAUGUAAUGUGCAAACUAGGCCUUUGAAUGUAGUGUUCAGUAACUUUACUUUGUUAUUGCCAGUUAGUAGAAAACCGGAUUUUAGCCGUGCAAAAAUCAGCAUGUCCUCCAAUCAGCAAAAAGUCAUAUGGUUUAUCUGAAAUAAAUGAGGAAAUAUUCCAAGGCAUUUCUUUUGCAUGCACUUGCUCUUAGUUCCUUCCUGUCUUUCUCACGGCUUCCUUCUUCCACAUGUUUUGACUCUCUGCUCCUUUCAAGUGCUCCUUUCCCUCACUUGGGAGCUUCCACCAUCUUGCCACCAGCUUCCACUUCCAGUUUGUUCUGCUCACCUGCUGGGUGGCCCACAGGAUAAGAACGGAGCAGCUGCUGUAACCACAAUUCUUCCCCCCCACACGGCAAUUGCGCCAGCUGCUCUACACACACACACACACACACACACACACACACACACACACACACACACUGCUCUUCUCUCAUGUGUAGCUAUACCACUCUGCAGAAUCACCAUCAUGGACCAUAAUAAUAAUAAUAAUAAUAAUAAUAAUAAAUAAUUUAUACUCCGCCCUCCCCGGCCAGAGCUGGGCUCAGGGUGGCAAACACCAGUAAAAUGGCAAUAAAAGCAUAAUAGGAAAAAAACCCAAUUUAAAAUACAGGUUAAAAUGCAAUUUAAAAUGCAGCCUCGUUUUAAAAGUAGCCCAUAAAUCAAAACCGUAAGGGGAGGGAAACAUAAGGGUCAGACUGAGUCCAAACCAAAGGCCAGGCGGAAUAGCUCUGUCUUGCAGGCCUUGCGGAAAGAUGUCAAGUCCCGCAGAGCCCUAGUCUCUUGUGACAGAGCGUUCCACCAAGUCGGGGCCAGUACUGAAAAGUCCCUGGCCCUAGUUGAGACCAAUCUAACCACCUUGAGACCUGGGACCUCCAAAGUGUUGUCAUUUGUGGACCUUAAGGCCCUCCAAGGGGCAUACCAGGAGAGGCGGUCUCGUAGAAUGAAGCUCAUGGGCCACUGGUGGUCUGCAGCCCACACUUUGAGAAGUCCUGCCUAUACACAGAUAUUCUUCUGUAAGCCACUUUGCAAUUCUGGAGGAAUCCAAACCCAUGCAGCUUGGGAGGAAUGCAUAUUUACAUUUGUGGGUCAGAAACAUGCUGGCAUUCGCAUACCUUUGGCUAAAUUGCAAGAAGAUGCGGGUACAAAUCCUUCCCAACCCAUGCCUUAUUUGGAUAGAUCUACACAACAGUGGCCUGGAAAAAACCUCCCAAUCUUUUCUCCAAGCCAGCCACAGUUAAAUUUGGGUGUUAACAUUGGUGCUUCCCGAGGCAAUGCUUGGAAAGUCUGAAAUGCACACACAGAAUGAAAAGGAGACCCUGCUUCUAGUUAAGCCUCCUCUUGGCUGCCAUCUGUCACCUGGUCACAUGACGCCUCCCAACUGGGUAUCCAUGAUAUGCACACACACACACACACACACACACACACACACACACCGCCAGCAUACGGUGCUCUUUGCCAGCCUUGAAAGGAUUAUUCUGCACAGGACCACUGACAGUAGCUGCUCCAAAGGUGCCUUUUGAGUGCCAGAUAGGAACCUGUGACUCAUCAAUGAAGUUCAUUGUGUUCUUUAUUCGAACAGCAUUUAAACCUUUUUCUCUAGGGAAUCCUAAUUCUGACUUCCUUACAUUAAAGCACUGCAGUGAAGGGGGGAAAGCCAUUAACAAGGAAUACAACAGGACAGGAGGUCUGUGCCUUGAAAAGGGCAUUUUGCGACCUCCCCUUCCUUCAGGAUCCUGUGCUUUUCAGCUUGUUCAGAUUGAGCGUGUAAUUAGUGUAUAGGAUACUUAAGUGUGGACUAAAGCACGUGAGAACCUUUCCUGGGGAUCAACAGCCUAUGGAGUACAUUAUUUUCUGCUUGCCAUUAAUCUCUAGGAAACGCCCAGCACCGAGGUCUUAAAAAUGAACACGCACACAUUUUUUUCUUCCCACUGCUAUCUUUUAAAAUGUGAACAGUAGUUUCCUUUCUAAUACAGAGAAUUAAUGCGCUGUGCAUUAGCCGUCAGCAUUGCUUCACUGGAUAAAGUGCCUGGACCUUAACGCCAGAGCUGAGUCCAUCAUGUUUGCCACAGCGCAGACUCUGGAAUGGUGCUUUGGGAAAUGAGAUGCUGCGUUGGUAAUAUAACAGGGAGCAAGAUCUAGCCUCCUAUAUGAAGAAAACUACGACAUAAAAACAGCAAUUUAUUUAGAGGUUUUAAUCCUAAUGCCGUUCUCCCCAUUCCCAGUUGCUUUUGCACAGUAAAUAAUCUUUAUGGGUUCACCAUAAGGCAGAUUUAAAAUGCCUCUGCUGCAGUCCUGAGGCUGCAGCACACGGCUGAAUAAAAGACUCCAAACAGCAUUGAAAUUGUUCGGAUUGCAAAUACAUAUGUGGUAAUUUGAACCUACAAAAGGCAAAUUCAUGCUGAUAGGGCUGCUGGAUGGGUUUGCUUAGCAGCAGACAAGCAUCUUGGAGCCCAAAUCGGCCUCUGGCUCUCUCUCCCUUGCACACACAUAUGUAAACACAAAUCUGUGUGCAUGUUCCUGAAAUAGGAAUCUGGCACCAUUUUAGCUGCUUAACUGUUUUCAGUGCUGCUGUUAUAUACUUCAGAUGCUAACUGUGCUUCCACAAAGGUGUGAGACUUUUUAGACACAAUUGUUGUAAAGGGGUCUUUUUUGUGUACAUGUCUUUCCCUCAUCCUAGUGAAUCUGUCAAGGCACAACUUAAAAGCUCAUUCAGACAGCCAUGACCCCCUGCUUGCAGCAGAUUGCCUAAAAGGUAAGGGGAAAAAAAUCUAAAAACAAGUAAAAACUUAAAAGUAGCUUCUCAAAGGCUGCAUAGAUCUUUUGCUGUUGUUGUUUUUGUUAAACCUAAAGUGUUUAAAAGCUUUAAUAUUGAUGGCCUGUCAACUUUGUCCUGAUUCUUUGGCUUUCAGUUAAAAGGUUUUUGUUGUUGUAGCUUAUGCAGUUGCUCUGUUGCUAUGGAAACGUGACAUCAAAAUGACGUUUCUCUGUUUAAAAGCUUUUAACUAAAUUCCUGCCUGUCAGAUGUAGGCCCCAUUUUGUGCACUCAAGCUUCAAGCUGUUGCAAAGAGGUUUCAUGUGUUCUGUUGUCAUUCAAAUCCUGUAGCUUCAUAUGCAUGCCUUGCACUGCAAAAUCCUAAACUAAAAACUGAAACCUAUAUUAAGUGUUCUCUUUUAAAACCCUUUUAGGUCAAUCAGGAAUGGCUGCUGCAGAAAUUCCCAGUUAUAUUGUUUCUUCUCAGACUGAGAAGCACAGGAGGGCCAGGAACUGGACUGAUGCAGAAAUGAGAGGCUUAAUGCUGGUUUGGGAAGAAUUUUUUGAUGAAUUGAAACAAACUAAAAGGAAUGCCAAAGUUUAUGAGAAAAUGGCUAACAAACUCUUUGAAAUGACUGGAGAAAUUCGACAUGGAGAAGAAAUAAAGAUAAAAAUUACAAACAUGACAUUCCAGUACAGGUAAGCUUCAGUUAAUUCCUUUUAUUUGAGAGAUUUCUAGAUAUUAAUCAGGCUCUUUGCCUUUCUGAAAAUAUCUUGUAAAGAGAAACCACAGAUGAAAGAUUAAAGGUUGUUCAUAGGGCUCUUAAAAAUCACUCUUAACAUUCCUAAUUUUUCUCCUUACUGCUUUCAAAUGGUAGCAUAACUUUGGUGGUGGUUUUUGUUAAUUACUGUUUUUAUGAAACAAGGGGAUGCAAAAGAUAGUAUGAAUUAUUGUUGUUUAUGUUUUUAUUUUAGCUUUCACUUGCACUUUAAACUGGCACAGCUUAGAUCAAUUUUGAGCUGGUCUUCUCAAAUGUAAAAACUAAAUACAAUUUAAAUAAAAUAAUUAUUGUUAAAAAAUCUCUAAAUUUUGCCAUCGCAGACUGAGGAAGUUACCCUCCGGAGGACUAAAAUAACUGCAUGCCUCACCACUGAGUGACACACGUUGCUAUAAUUGUAGCUAGCAUUAGCAAAGGAACAAUUACAUUUGCAGACAGAAAUCAGUGCACACUGUAAACACUGUUCCAGCUGGGGGAGGAAACUGAGGUAUCUGAAAUGAGAUAAUGAAGUAGUUAGAGCCCAUCAGGAGAGGAAGUUGGCUUAGGAAAAUGAAAUAUUUGCAGCCUAGGGACAGAAAAAUAUUUGCAUGCUGUUGAAAAGCAUUUUCCUGUUUCUAUGUGACAUGAACUACCAAAUCUGCUUUUAGCUAUGUUCUAAUUUGCGACAACAUGUAAUCUCUAAUAUGGAUCUGUUGGAGGUUAGCUAUAAUUCAUCAAUCUGAAAUACAUGAUUCCUUUAUUUAAGCUCUUUUCAGUGCAGAAAAAUAGUGAUUUAAAAAAAGUCACAGGCAUCCAUGUUAAGUCUGCUUGUUUUGGGCUUUUUGGGCCUGGGUGGGUUAGGUUAAAACAUCAUUUUUAUAUUUAAACCAUAUGCUGUGCAAUCUACAACUCCCUAUUAGCAUUUAUAAAUUUGUGUCUUCAUUUUCACUUUUGGCUAGAUCAUCUUAAGAUGGUGACCUCUUAAGUUAUUAUAUGUGUUUUGCAUGAAAUGGUGAAUAUUCUCAAAAUGAUAUGUUUUCACUUACAUAUCACCUUGCAGGAUGGCACCAGUAUCAUUUACAGAGGUACACUCUGAAACAGAUAGUUUGUGCCCUUAGUCUGACAAGAGAGUGAGAAAUCCAGAAAACGUGGGCUGAAGUUUUUAGUCUGAAGGCCCACCCUUGGCUCAUAAUUUGAGAUGGCCCCCAAAGCAUAAAGGAAAAAGAGGUGAAAAUGCUCCAUGUCUUUCUCUCAACACAUGAAUGUGUAUGCAUAGAAAUAUAUCAACAAACACUCUCUCUCACACACAUAUAAUCCAUAUUUUAAAGAAAUAUACUAAAAUGUUUUGAAAGUAAAUACUGGGAGCUUUGACACUGCCCUCUGACCAUGACAUACUCACAGUACCUUAACCACUGGGACGGGACCCAGAAUAUAACUGGAAUUGAGAACAUCAUAGUGUGUUUAAAUCACUCUAUUUAUUUUGCUCAUAAACUUAAACUAUACUAAAAAGAAACUCAUUUAAAAUAUUUGCAGACUGAACAUUCAAGUUUAAAUAUUACGGCUCUGUGUAUAUGAAUGAUAAUCUUGACACAUACAGCAAUACUUAAUUUCCAAGAAAGCUGAAAUGUUCUGAAGAGCCCUGCUUCAGUCCAAUAGCUAAGAUUCUACAAAGCCUGCUAUAGUCCAAAAGUAGAGAUUACUAGGGGAAUGCAGUUUCUUCCUCCACCGCCUUAUUGCAUUCAGCUGUGGCUGAGACUGUUCUAGUUCACAAGAGAAGGUGGAAAUAUCAAUUAUUAUUCAUCAUGCUGUUUACAAAAUGGAGUCAUCUAGAUGGGCCUCUUCCCGAGAGAUACUUAUGGCAAAUACCACUUUUAGUGCUUCCUCUUUUCCAUGUUCACAAAUAUCGCCAAAAAGCACUAUCAAGUAUGCAUGGAAUUUUUAAAAGUGAUAAACAGGACAUUUGUAACACUUGUUAGCAUUUGUAACGUUUAAUUUUACAACCAGAUGCAUGCAUAUAAUUGAAGAACCAAGCAGUGAUGCAAGAGGAGUCAAGUGGUGAGUAUCAGGCAAUAAAUCUUCCCUCUUACUGGUUAGGCAGCGUCACACGAGGAAAGGUCCUUGCUUGGGUGAGGAGUCAUCCCACGCUCUCAAUUAAUACUUGAGCUAAGUGCUUAAGAUUUACAUAGUUCAACUUUUUUAUAGGUAAACCAGAGAAAACUAGGUAUUAGAAAUAUGCUGUAGAUCCUGCAAUAAGCCCACGUGCAACAUAUAAAUGUGUAAGAAUUCUGUGCACUUUGGUUUUCUGUUGUGGCUCAUUGUGGAUAGAGAAAGUGAGAGUAGAGUUCCACAUCAGAGCGGCCACCUCCCGCCCUCAGACUCUCUUCUUGAACAGGUAGCAUGAAUUGCGGAGCGGCUGGGAAGGAUUUGGUAUAUAAUUCUAAUAAUUAAUAAUAAUAAUAAUAAUAAUGAGGAUCCACUGUUAUUUCAAGUUUUGUUUUAGGAGGACUGUGAGAGAGGGGGGAAGAAUCAUCAUCAGGUUUUCAAUUGUGGUCACUCUGACCCCAUAAUUGAAAAGGGCAUUGUUUUGCUCUACUUAUUAAAUUUAAACAUAUAAGUCCCUCAGUUUAUUCAAGCAAAAUAAUUAAAAAUUACCUUCCACCACCCAGUAACCUUGCUUGCCUAGUUGAGAAGCACCUGCGGCAAAGACCAGCUUCUUGGCAAGGCAGUGAGGGUGUUCUGGGCAGCUGUGACGCUCUUCAGGAUUGGACCUACUCAGCUGUAAAGCGGUCUUCCUCAACCUCGGCCCUCCAGAUGUUUUUGGCCUACAACUCCCAUGAUCCCUAGCUAGGAUGGUGGGAAUUGUAGUCUCAAAACAUCUGGAGGACCAAGGUUGAGGAAGGCUGCUGUAAAGCAGCCAGCUGACAUGAUGCGGUGGAGCAACCUUGACAGCAUGACCCCAGAGGGUGCCAUGCCCUUUUUGAGUUUUAUUUUGCCAACUUAAAAAAUAAAAUAAAACCUAGGCCCUUGUGUAAAAGUGUUGAGUUGUAUGGAAUGUUAAUUAUCAGCUGGUGGAGAUGUUAGGAGAGGGAGAAGAGUUGCUCCACACUCCAGGAUGUGAGCCUGUUCUUGUGGAUCCUGCCCAUCACCCAACCUUCCAUGCUGGGCUUGUGUUUCUUUUCUCUCUAGGCUCUGGUUAUUGUAAUGUGGAGUUAAUGAGUAUUGUGUUGGCUGGUUGGCUGCAGUACGAAACAGAAGUGGUUUCUGUUAGUGGAACCUGUGCGAGAGGCAGAAGAAGCACCCGAGGUGUGCUAGAGAGAGGGGUGGCUGGAUUGGUGCUUUUUUGUUUCUUGCUGCAGGGGUUGCUGGAGUUCCUAACACACAUCCAGUGUGAUUUAUGGGUAUUUUGUAUUAUUUUGAUUUAUCUAUGGCAUUUUUCUUUCAUGUUGAUAUGUUUUCCACUGCUUUGGAGCCCUUUUGGUCAAAAAGUGGUAUACUGUACAGGCAAAUCCCCAUUUGCAUGUGAUGGGCGCAUGUGCCACCACUGAUGCGCACACCAUUUUGGCACGGCAAGGGGGCGGGGCGGACUUAUGCACGUCCAACUGACACAUGUGGUGCCUAGUAACGCAACCCCUGCGUAAAUAGGGAGUGAUAUAUAAGCCCUAGUAUAGCACAACAGCAAAUACCGUAUUUUUCCAUCUAUAAGAUGCCCCCAUGUAUAAGAUGCCCCCUAUUUUGCGGGACUUAGAUUUAAGAAAAUGGGGGGAGAGAUGUAUCCAUGUAUAAGACGCCCCCUUAUUUUUUACAUUCUUUUUAAGGGAGAAAACCUGGUCUUAUACACGGAAAAAUAUGGUAUAUCCAGAGUUAGAGAUGGAGUAGCAAGCGCAUUAAGGAAGCUUGAGGAAUUUUCUCAGUACACAUUCCAACGCAGCCCACCUGAUCCACACCUUCUGGAUUAACGUGUAUAUAGGAACAUAUUGAGGGGGCGCGGGUGGCGCUGUGGGUAAAAGCCUCAGUGCCUAGGACUUGCCGAUCGAAAGGUCGGCGGUUCGAAUCCCCGCGGCGGGAUGCGCUCCCGUUGCUCGGUCCCAGCGCCUGCCCACCUAGCAGUUCGAAAGCACCCCUGGGUGCAAGUAGAUAAAUAGGGACCGCUUACUAGCGGGAAGGUAAACGGCGUUUCCGUGUGCUGCGCUGGCUCGCCAGAGCAGCUUCGUCACGCUGGCCACAUGACCCGGAAGUGUCUCCGGACAGCGCUGGCCCCCAGCCUCUUAAGUGAGAUGAGCGCACAACCCUAGAGUCGGACACAACUGGCCCAUACGGGCAGGGGUACCUUUACCUUUACCUUUUUAGGAACAUAUUUAUCUUCCAGAAUCCGCCCUUGAACAGAUUUGACAAGGUGGUCUGGAGGUUCCUUUUAAUUAAAUUUUACAAAUGUAUAUAUUUACAAGUAAGUUGUUAGAGGCUGCAAAUGGAGGCAGCUAUGUUUUUUCCUUACUUUAUCCUUGGGAGGGACAGCACCAUCCUUGCAUCUCUUUGUUCCAGAGGAAUUUGCGGCCCUAUUUUGAAUGUGUGUAGUGCAAACAGAGGCAGCAGCUCUCUAGCUGCUUGGAGUGAUGACUUGGAUUGUUAAAAAAAAGGAUAAUAUCUUAUUAAAUACCCCAUCAGUGCUUUUUUCAGUAAGAAUUUUGUUUGGAACUUUGGGGGAAGAAAUUACACGUUAAUUGAGAAAAUGGAUAGAAUGAUCACAUGUGAAACUGACAUAUACGUUGUUGUUUAUGGAGGAGCAGUCUAUAGUAUAUGGGUAUUUAAAUUACCUAGUACUAUAUAUUAUUUUACAAUGUUACUAGAAACCCUUGUUAUUAGAACCCGUUUUUUAGAAGUAAAAGGUAUCUAAAACAAUUUUGUUCUGUUUUGUUUUUUUAAAACCCCUUUCAUCUAUUAUUCUAAAAGAUAAAAUAAGAUUACAAAUCCCUCCAGAUUUCCAACUUUCCAACUUUUUCCACUGGGAAAAAGAAAUAAAACCAUCAGAGGGAAAAAGAAGACCAGGAACCAUUUGACCCCAAUCUUAUUUGUUGUCCCCCACUCUUCACAUUUCUACUCUCUGCUCUAUUUACAAGGAUAUUGAGAAGGAAGGAAAGAAGAAAGGACAUCUUUAUUUCCCUUUCGCCACCUUCUGAGAAUCCUUUAGCCUGCUAUGGAGCAAUAAAAUGCUCAGGUUCAAGACUGACAACCAGCCCCAAAUCUGAGCCCUCUAGCGAUAGGUUGUACAGCACAGGAGGUGGGAAAGGAAAAGAGGUGUCAUCCCUCUCAAGAGGUCCUUGUUUUAGGGAUGGAACUCACUGGAAUGGAGUAUCGUCACCUCUUUUGUUGCUGCCCAUGGCAGCCAUUUUGCACUGGCACCUCAUUUUUCACCCCUUCAAAAGCUCUGUAUAAAGCAUCCUUAUAUAUCUAAUUUCCAAACUUCAUAAAAUGUGAUUUAUAUUUUUUUAAACAUCAAAAACAUCACUGGGUGCAGGAGUUCACUAUCUAGAUCCUUGCUAUGCUUUUCAGUGUGGAUUCUUUGAUGUCGUAAUUGGAGAGAGAGAACUCACUCAAAUUGCUUCAGAAAGUUGCAUUUGAAUAUUUUACCAGUUUUCUGUUCUAUUUGAAUAAUUCAUUCAUAGCAGAGACACAACUUAAGUACUGCACUUUUGCUCCUCUCUCCCCUUUAGCCACCAAUUGGCACAUGAGCAAUGUUAUUUAUAAUUUAUUUUGAAAGCUUUUUUACAAGCCUCGAGAGAUUAAUCUUGUUUUCAUUCAGCAGGUCAAGUAGAGUAUUAGCAAACAAAAUACCAUAAUAAUAAAAAGAGAAUCCAAGAGACAGGAAUGCUAUAUUUUGAAUGGAAAGAAACUGGAAUGUGUAUAUACUUUAUUUUAUUUAUUUAUUUAUUGCACUUGGUACUUUGAAAAGCAUCAACUAUAUAUGAAAUGGCAGAUGUAAAGCCUAGGACCCUAGGAUUCACAUAGGAUUCUUACAGUUCACACAUGCCUGUAGCAUUGCUUCGUUACUCAAGACUUGAAUACAGUACUCAAAACUGAGUGUGGGAACUCAAGUUACUUGUAGUUAUUGAAAGGUUAUUUAAUCAUACAUUUCAUAUACUGCUCAGUAUAAAAAGAAAUUUCUGAGCAGUUUACAUAAAGUGUAACCAGAAAAAUAAUAAAAUUCAUAUAAGAAUACAAUAACAGAAUUCAAAUAGGACUUAUUCAGCUUAAAAGCUAAAUAAAAUACAAUAACAGCAUUCAAAUAAGACUUCUUAAAAGCUAAAUAAAAAGAGCAGAGCCGUAUAAUGUAGGUAAAAUGGAGCAGUACAUAAACAAAAAAAUAAAAACUGAGAAUCAGUGUCUAGGAAAACUUGUGCAAAAAUAUAUGACUUUAAGAGGUGCUUAAAGCUGGUUGCUGUGUCUACCUCUCAACCCACCUGAGGGAGGUCAUUCCUAAGGACCAGUGCUGCCACCAAAGAGGUCUGCUCGUCUGCUGUCACCAAGGGACAAUCCACUGGUCCUUAGACGACAACUAGGAUUUCAUCAGAAGGGCUUGGUUUGUACUGGGGGAAGCAAUCUGCUAGGCAAAAUGGUCCCCAUUGCUUAGAGUACUGUCUUUUUAGUUUUUUUGAUGGCUUCGUCACAUAUCCUAGAAUCAGAGAAUUGUAGGGGACUCCAGGGUCAUGCAGUCCAAUCCUAUGCAAUGUAGGAAUUGCAACUAAAAAAACCAUGCAACCUCUGCUUAAACACCUCCAAGGAAGGAGAGUCCGCCACCUCUCAAAGGUGUGUGUUCCACCGUCAAACAGUGGAACACUGUCAAACUAUCUGAAAGUUCUUCCUGAUGUUUGCUUGGAAUCUCCUUUCUUGUAACUUGAAUCCAUUGGUAUGGGUCCUAUGCUUCAGAGCAGGAAAAAACAAGCUUGCUGCAUCCUCCAUGUGACAGCCCUUUAGAUAUUUGAAGCUGGCUAACAUAUCUCCUUUCAGUCUCUUCUUAUCAACCGUUCUUCAUAAGGCUUGGUUUCCAGACCUUUGAUUAUCUUGGUCGCCCUCCUCUGCGUAUGUUCCAGCUUGUCAAUACCCUUCUUGAAUUGUGGCACACAUAACUAGGCACGCAACUCUAGGUGUGAUCUGACUCAGGGAGAAUAGAGGAGUACUACUACUUGAUAGUACCAGAAGCGGCUUAGUCAUGCUGGCCACAUGACCCAGAAGCUGUACGCCGGCUUCCUUGGCCAAUAAAGCGAGAUGAGCGCUGCAAUCUCAGAGUCAUCUGUGACUGGACCUAACGGUCAGGGGUUCCUUUACCUUUACUACUUGAUAAGUUAUCUGUUGAUGCUGCAGUCAUCAAAUGAUGACUGUGUGAAUGUUACAGUGUUACUAAAUGAGGAUGUGAAGUUCUGUGGGCCAGCCUCAUUUAUCUAAAUUGCCUGUUUAAUAACCAAAAUAUUUAAUCCAGCGUUUAGAUAAAUACAUCUACAGUCAAUACAAUAGAUUUCCGUGCAGAUUCUACACCCUAAUUUGGCACAUAUCCUCUGAAACAUAUCAUGUAAUAUUUUGUAGUUAAAAUCCUUAACUAUUUUGCUGUUGAUAAUUUGAUGACCAUUGCAGAUUUGGUGCAAUGUUGACUGGCAUGAGUGGUGGAUACACAAAAUCAAGCUGUAAAUGUUAAAAUUUAUUUCCAUAGUGGUUUUAAAAAGUGGGAUUCACUAAGUUUUACUCAGAGUAGAUCCACUGAAAUUCCAAUGACCUUGGCUAAGUUAGGUCCAUUAAUUUCAGUGGCUCUUCUCUUGAGUGAAACUUAAUUGAAUAUCACCCAAACAAACCAUAGUUUCAGCCUUUAUCCCAUUGCCAUUUUUUUCCUGGUCAUUAGUGAUUUACUUCUUCAUGAAGACUUCUCUGAAGACUAAAUUAUGCUGUUCCUAUCAUAAAUGAUAUACGCUAUGAAGGAUAUUUCCUCACUAUUAUUUCAAGCACUUAAUUCUGUUGUUCUUCAGUAUCGUCUCUCUGGUUUUGUUUGGAUCUGUGUAUUUCUUGCUAAAUGCAGGAUGUCUUCAUCUCACACGCAAUCUUGAAAGCCUCCUCAAUGGAAAAAGCAGAUAACUGGGCACUUGGUCAGAGAACAAUGCAGUUAAUUAUGAGUAUGGGGUGUCUCCAGAAAAACUAAUUUGGGGCCAUGAAAUGUGGAUCUGUUAUGAAGUAGGGGAAGAAUUGCUUUCACAUUAGACUGGUUCAUUUUUAUGCUUGGUAAACAUACAUCUAGUCGUUAAAUACCUCGGCCUUAUUUUUCAGUCAACAGGGUCAUGGGGAGCACAUCAGAAAUAUGCAAAGGAAAAAGCGUUUCAAAGCGCCAAAAUUCUGACAUGCUUUUUCCAUUCAAAAGGUGGCAAUCACAUACAAUCAGCACUUGAAGUGUUUAAAGCUAAACCCCUAGCACAGUUAUUUUUUGGGACUCAGAUUUGGACAGGUGCUUAGCUUGGAUCUACAGAAGCUGUCCAAUCUAAGCUCCUAAGGCAAUUCUUUUCUGUUUCAUCCUGUGUUCCAAAUGCUUCAUUGCACUUGGAGGCUAAUCUCCCCUCUGUUGAAUUACAGAUUUGCUGUAGGAUUUAAUUAUUGGCUUCAUCUAAAUUUAAACCCCACUGGUCUACAACCCUUAGUAUCGCAAGAUUGCCAUGAGAGCGCUUGGACUAAAAUUGUCAACCAAAAGCUUUACUUUUCUGGUUUAUCGCCACAACGGUUAUUAACACUGGACUUCUGUAAAGCAAAUAAUUUAAUUAGACAGCGCCUAUAUGAUACCGAGCGACAGAAUAAUUUAGCCACAAUAAGGAAAUUUUGUCCAUGGUAUAAUUAUUUUCCACCUAGUCAUUUUGACACCUGGGCACCCUAUUUGCAAAAUUUUAUAAUUCCAAAAUACAGAUGCGCUUUCACUUUUGCAAGAUUGAAUAUACUGCCUUUGGCUGUACUUGAGGGUUGAUUUCAAAAAAUUCCGCUGGAGAAACAGUUGUGUCCAAUGUGGAGUUGGCAGUAUUGAGUCCGUGGCUCAUGUGCUUCUGGCUUGCACUCUUUCUAAAGAUUUGAGGAGUGAGGUUAUUACCCCUCUACUAUUGUCCAUGCCUGGUCGCUCAACUUUUGCUACUAUGUCCUCUAUGUCAUCAAGAUGAUUAGGUGACAGCAAAAACUGCAAAAAAAUUAGGAGGGGCAAUUAGAAUAAGAUCUAUUACUUGAUUACUUGAUUAUUGAUGGAAACCUCCAAAAUGUAUUUUGUAUAGUUCAGUUUUAACCUCCAUCUUCAGUACAUUUUAUUUUAUUGCAUUUUAUGGUGCACAUAGAGAUCAUCUAUUCACUCAGGCUUUUGCUUAGGUAGAGGUGGCCUUUCCUUAUAGAUGUGCUAAUCUUGUUAAUGUGUUAUACAGAAGUUGAUCUGUUUGGUCUUAUUGUUUAUGAUGUUUUUAGUGUAACCUGCUUUGAGAUUUAUUUUUAAAAUAAGGGUGUGCUCUAAAUUCCUCAAUUAACUAAAGAGGAAUAAUGCCCACCAUGUAUGAAUACACUUCAGCCCACUGAUCAAGACAGGGGACUUCUGUGCUCGUCCACCAUGCUGCCUUAGAAAAUUUCUGCUAAAUUGUUUAUUUAUUGUUUUUAGAAUACACCUUUCAACCAGAAGGUUCGCAGUAUUAUAUUAAAAGACUAUGAAACAUAAUAUAAAACCAGUACGUCUCAUAAAAAAAAACCAGCAUAACAGUAAAAAGAGAAUUCAUUAGUUCAACUGGCCCCAAACAUCUGAAGGUGUUUCAUAAUACCAAAAAGCUUCUAAUGUGGAGGACAAUUGUAUUUUUUCAUUUAACAACCGGAAAGCAAGGAGGUCCUGCUCCAUGUUGUCAUGCUAUUAACCAUAGUUGUUGAUAGAAUUACAGCAGUGUAUCUCCCAUGGACCUUAAGGCCCAGGUUGGAAAAUGAUGGGAGUGACCCUUCUUCAAACACUUGUGUGCUUGAAUAGCAUUUUCUGUCAAAGUGUUCUUUUCUGGCCUCUUCAGCAGAACUGAGAAUUUCUAGAAAUCUUGCCUCUUGCAAAAGUUUGGAGUCAGAAAUGGAAACAAGUAUUUGCGUUGCUUGAAUGGGAGUUCAGGUGGAAGUCAAUCAGUUGAGAUAUGCACAUUCUCCAAGGCCAGUUGGAUGAUGUGCCAAAUGCAUUUGAGAUAUGCACAUUCCUUAGGACCUUUUGGAGAUUAUGUAUACUGACCAAGAAAUGAGCACAAUUAAUGAACAGAUUAUCAUGUGCACAUAUUAACAGCUCAACUUACAUCCCUCCGAACACACACACAUAUUUUUAUAGUAGAAUUUUUGAAACCUGCAUGAAAUUACUAUCUGAGUUUUCAUGAUUAUUUCUUUCAUUGCAGGAAAUUAAAAUGUAUGACUGAUAGUGAAACGCUUGCACCUGAUUGGCCUUACUUUAAAACCAUUGAUAGAAUACUCUCUAAAGUGUCAGAGCACAAUGAUGUGAAAAUGCAUGACAGUCAGCUGCCAGGUCCUUCAACAUCCCAGACUGAGGCAUCACAGUCUCCAUCUGCCAAGUCUACUCCACUCUAUUUGCCUUAUAACCAGUUCACAUAUGAAGGGAGAGAAGAAUUUUUUGAAGAUGAGCAUUCUGAGAGCUCUUCCAGCUUACUUUCUUAUAAGUUAAGGUAACAGUUAUAUAUUACUUUGACAUUUUACAUAUUGGGCCCUAUGUGGGAUAUAGGAUAAAGCUGCAAAAAUCUAUUUCUUUAAGGACCACUUAAUUUGGGGGCUUCAGGGGCUCUCUGUUUUCUUCAGCUGUGAAGGGUCUUGUUGUUGUUUAGUCGUUUAGUCGUGUCCGACUCUUCGUGACCCCAUGGACCAGAGCACGCCAGGAACUCCUGUCUUCCACUGCCUCCCGCAGUUUGGUCAAACUCAUGCUGGUAGCUUCGAGAAGGGUCUAGUAGUAGUUAUAGUUUAAGUCAGAUGUAUGCAAAGGGUUGCUGUCUUUUAAUGUGAAAAAUUAUAGGCUCUGUUUUGUGGAAUUCCAGACCAUCUCCAUCAGCAACUCUUGCUGUAUCAGGGGAGAAGUGAUACAGUGAGGUCUCCCCCAUCAAUUGGACCCAACCUCCUAAAACCCCCACAGGCUUAUUUUUCUCUUCCCUCACUGUCUGUUCCUUUUUGUAUUGCAUUGAGUUACUUGUAAGCCGUUGUUUUAAACUGUGAGUUGCCUUGAGUGCAUUGACACAAAGACAACACAUACUGUAAAUGUAGUAAGUAAUUAAAAAGGUAGUCCAGCUACCAAGACUCAAGGGGUAUAUUUUGACCAUGAAUGUCAAGACUAGUGACCCUGACAAAACUCGUAAAGUGACUUAUUUUGAGUUCUAUCUUUCACUAGAUAGAAUUCACUGGACAGAAAUCGUAAUUCUCAAACUUAUAACAAACCAUGACUUUGAUCCUUUAAAAAAAAUUCAUAAUUCAAACCAAGAUUAAUUAUGAGUUACUUGAUAUUAACUUGCACCUUAGUCAUGGUUCGCCUGACUAAGCAACCAAAUUCCUUCACCUUUGUGCAUGCUCAGAUAAUUAUUGUUGCCACCCUUUAGUUUCCAAAGGAAAUGAGUAAUAUCUGUUCGCAAUAUGCAUGUGUGUAAUGAUUUUACUUUAACCCUUCAAUUGCUCAUUGAAAAAAAAACCUUUUGGUGUGCAAGUCAAUGGAGCAUCAAGCUUCUGUAUGCAUUUGAGCACUAACUAGAUUGGGGCUGGGAGGGGGCAAUUAUCUUUUGUUUUUUGAAGGGGGCACUUGCUAUCUAAUUCCAUUCUAGGAUUUCUGAGAGCAUUUCAGUCUAUUUAAACUGGAAAUGAAAGGAAUGACAGAAGGUCAGAGGAAUUUUUUCAGUCAUCAUGUGAUGAAGGUUUCAAAUGAACAGCUUGUCAAUAAAAACAUGAUUGACAUGCUGAUCUACAUCUACCCUAAGAAUCAUAGAACCAUAGAAUUAUAGAGUUGGAAGAGACCCCAAGGGUUAUCUAGUCCAGCCCCCUGCAAUGCAGGAAUCUCACCACCUUCCCAAGGCAGUCUAUUCCACUGUUGAACAGUUCUUACUGUCAGAAAGUUCUUCCUAAUGUUUACUCAGAAUCUCAUUUCUUGCAACUUGUAGCCAUUGAUUCGGAUCCUGCCCGCCAGAGCAGAAGAAAACAAGCUUGCUCCAUCUUCCAUGUGGCAGCCCUUGAGAUAUUUGAAGAUGGCUACCAUCUCUCCUCUCAGUCUCCUCUUACCCAGGCUAAACAUACCCAGCUCCCUCAACUGUUCCUCAUAAGGCUUGGUUUCCAGACCCUGCAUCAUCUUGGUUAUCCUCCUCUGCACAUAUUCUAGCACAGGGGUCAGCAAACUUUUUCAGCAGGGGACCGGUCCACUGUCCCUCAGACCUUGUGGGGGGCCGGACUAUAUUUUUUUGGGCGGGGAGAGAACGAAUUCCUAUGCCCCACAAAUAACCCAGAGAUGCAUUUUAAAUAAAAGGACACAUUCUACUCAUGUAAAAACACACUUAUUCCCGGACCGUAUAUGGGCCAGAUUUAGAAGGUGAUUGGGCCGGAUCCGGCCCCCGGGCCUUAGUUUGCCUACCCAUGUUCUAGCAGGUCAACAUAUCCUUCUUAAAUUGUGAUGCCCAGAACUGGACACAGUAUUCCAAGUGGUGUCUGACCAAGGCAGAACAGAGUGGUACUAUUACUUCCCUUGACCUGGACGCUAGACUUCUGUUGAUGCAGCUUAGAGAAUUAUUAGCUUUUUUGCUGUUGCAUUGCACUGUUGACUCAUGUUAAGCAUGUGGUCUACUAAGACACCUAGAUCCUUUUAGACCCCUAGUACUCUUCUAUUAUAAAUUAUUUUAAAUAUGCAAAGUUUUUCAUUAGAAGAUACUUCUAUGUUCCACCACAAUCUCUAUGCAGUGACAGACUUCAGGUGUUCCAAGUGCUUUUUCCAGGGUUCAGUUUCCUGAGAAUGAAGGUCAGUGGUGGUGUGUUUAGGAUAUGUGGUUUCAUUUACAAAUAUAUACAACCUGAGCAUAAGAUGGGUUAGCAGUGUUAACACCCCAACAGAUCUUGUUCCUCCACUAGUCACAACUUAAGAUCCGGCACAGAUCAUGCACAUCUCAGUCUCUCCAGCUUCCAACUCUCACACACAACUCUGGCUGUUGUUCACCUAUGUAGCAGCCAGUUUGGGUGGGGCAGAGGAGAAAAGCCCAUCUCACCAAAGGAACUAGUUUGCCAAGCUUCCCCUUACAUCCCCUUAGGACAGUGGCGUAGCGUGGGUUGUCAGCACCCGGGGCAAGGCAAGUAAUUUGCGCCCCCUAACCCGUGGAUUUUAGCACUCGAGUCUCUUCCACUAGAUUAGUGUGCCCCCCCAGAUGUUGCGCCCAGUGCGGCCGGCCCCCCCUGCACCCCCCACGCUAUGCCACUGCCUUAGGAUUGCAGGCCUGGAAGGCAAACCAGGGUUUCAUCCAGACUGACCCCACCCCAAACUCUAAACAAUACAGUUAGACCGUUUUUGGUUUUUUGCAUUUCUUUUCUCUCAUCACUCCUUGUGUUGUUUACUCCACACUAGGUACAUAUACAACUAACAACAGAAGAUAACAGCGAAGUGGGCUGUAGUCUAUUAAAACAUAUGGCAUAAUAUACUUGCUAGUCUUUAAGGUGCCAAAGACUCCAUGUUGUUUAUACUGCCUAACAUAGCCAGCCCUCUGGCUAUGUUAUAUAAAGCAUUAUUAACCCUCUGGCUAUGUUAUAUAAAGCAUUAUUUUCAGAUAGGAGGAGGUGGCUUGGGACCUUGGGUUGGUGGGAUGUGCUGUCAAACAAUAUUCCCUGUGAAAACAAUGCCAAGUGCUGGGUGAGUAUAUCAAAUAAUGCUUCCAGCUGGGUUGUAGGGGAGCAUGGAAUACCCAAUGAGUUUGAGAGAAAUUUGAGAAACUACGGGAGUGUUCCCUUGCUUUGCCAGGGUCCCCCACAGCAUGGAAGGCUUUUCUUGAGUUCAAGUGGAUGCAGGUACAGGGCAGCCCUGCUUUUGCCCAGUCCAGGUGAACAUUAGAUAUUACCCAACCAUGUGAUAUAUCAGAUCACAAAAGCAGAUUUAAUGCCGAAAUGUUUGCUUUUCAGAGCUGAAGAGAGGCCCAUAAAGAAAAGGAAAAUGCAGAGUUGUAGCUUUCAAAAGAAGAAACUAAAGUUAAUGGAAGCAAUGCUAGAGGAACAAAAGAAACUGAGUAGGGCAAUGGAAGAAACUUGCAGGGAAGUAAGAAGGAUUCUGGACCAGCAGAACAUCAUCCAAGUUCAGAGCCUGCAGCUGCAAGAGAGAAUGAUGAAUUUAUUGGAGAAAAUGAUAUCGAAAGCCAAUGUUUAG